AUGUCGGCAGCUCGUCUUUUGCUUAAAAGGGGUUACGCGACCGCAGCGGCGGGCACCUCGGGCUCCGUCAAGGCGCCUCUCCAGCUCAACUCCCUCACUGGCACCUACGCCACCUCGACCUACUUGGCCGCACUGAAGAAGUCAACCAAGGAUCUCGAGUCAUUGGCGAAGGACAUUGAGACUUUUGACAAGAAGAUCAAGGAGGACCAAAAGGUCGCGGCUUUCAUCCAAAACCCCACUCUCUCCGCCUCCGACCGCACCUCGCAAAUGAAGACCUUCCUCCCCUCAUCGACCUCGCCCAUUCUCACCAACCUCCUCUCCGUUCUGUCCGAGAACGGCCGUCUCGCAUCCGCCCCCAAGGUGUUUGCCGACUUCAACUCGCUCAUGGCGGCGUACCGUGGCGAGCUCGAGGUGAUUGUGACGAGCGCGGAGCAGCUCGACGGGAAGGCGCUGAGCAGGCUCGAGAAGGCCUUGAAGGGGACUGAGGUUGCGCAGGGCAAGACGCUCAAGAUUUCCAACCGGGUCAACCCCGCUGUCCUCGGUGGUCUCUUGGUCGACUUCGGAGACAAGUCGAUCGACCUUUCAGCCAGCUCCAAGGUCAACCGAUUCAACGCCGCUCUUUCCCAGGGUGUCUAG